AUGUCCUCUAGAAACUCUUUAGAAGACACUAUACAUGCAUUUAUAGAGGCAAAAAGUAAGACUAACCAAAAGUUUGAGACUAUGAUCACCCAAAUUGUUGAAGAAAACAAGGAAAUAAAAUCUCAUAUGUCCAAACUAACUAAUGCCUUAGCUGUAAGAGAGUGUGAAAAAUUCUCAGCACAAGCUCAACCGAACCCUAGGGGGCAACACAUGGUACAAACUUUAGGAUCAGAAGAGACCAACUUGAAGGAAGUGAAUCCCAUAACCACUAGAUAUGGAAAGGUCAUAAAACCAACCCCCAAACUUAGGGAAAGUGAGAAGGAUCCCAGUAGCAUAGAAGAGAGCACCCCUAGUGAGGAGGCAGUGAAAAAUCCAUCUAGAGUGCCCUUUCCUCAAGCCCUCAAGUCGACCUCGAAAUCUUCUAGUCAACACAGUGAAAUCCUAGAGCAUCUCAAGAAAGUAAAAGUCCAUCUACCUCUCUUACACACGAUUUCCCAGGUCCCUACAUAUGCUGAAGUCCUUAAGGACUUGUGUACUAUAAAACGGAAGCACCAUGUCAAGAAAACCGCCUUCUUGAUUGAACAUGUGAGUGCUGUAAUUGAACAAAAAGUCCCGCCAAAGUAUAAGGACCCCGGUUGUCCUACUAUUUCUUGUAUCAUAGAGAACCAUGAGAUUGCACAAGCUCUCCUCGACUUAGGGACUAGUGCCAACAUGUCUAGAUGA